GACCACUUCAUUUUAUGACGUCUAUGCAUCAGUCCUCGAAGUUCUGCUAGUCACCUCAAUAUUUGGCUGCUCUUUAAAACUUAGUUCACUCACAAGAACAGCAGCGCAGUUCUAUUUAAUACAAUUAUUUUUUUAUCAACAAAAAAUGGUAACUAAAGACGAUCUAGAUAAAGAUCAAAUAGCUUUACUAAAACGAGCUUUUGAUGCUUUCGCUCAAGACAAAGGAUAUAUUGAAGCCAAUAUGGUUGGUACAAUUCUUCAAAUGUUGGGACACGACGUUUCCGAGGACCGAUUACAAGAAAUUAUUGCUGAGGUUGAUGCAGAUGGAUCAGGACAGUUGGAAUUCGAAGAAUUUGUUACACUAGCAGCUGGCUUCCUAACUGAAGAUGAACCCGAAGACGUGGAAGCUAUGCAAGCAGAACUAAAAGAAGCGUUUAGAUUAUAUGAUAAAGAAGGAAAUGGUUACAUUACUACGGAUGUUUUAAGAGAAAUACUCAAAGAAUUAGACGACAAAAUAACAAAUGAAGAUCUAGAUAUGAUGAUAGAAGAAAUCGAUUCAGAUGGUUCUGGAACUGUCGACUUUGACGAAUUCAUGGAAGUCAUGACUGGCGGCGAUGAUUGAUCAAAGUGCAUUAUAUAUUUUCAUUUUAGAUUUAUAUACGAUUAUUCAAAACCCAGUUUUGUUUUACAACCUAUAUCAUUAAUUUAAAUUAAAAUGUAAAGACCUACUGGCUUUAUAAAGUACUUACUUAUUUACCUAUAUAAAUACAUAAUUUAUAUA